AUGAAAUAUGGCCACAGAGCUGCGCUAAGCUUGACGAUUCAUGAUGCCGAGCUCUCUUGCCUAUCCCAUCACGAAUCAAGCAUUCGGUCGGGAUCAAACUGUCUCCACCUCGCAGCCCAGUCGGAGGUCUAUUCUGCCACAGACGCCCAAGGGUGGCUGCAGGAGCUCCAGAAGCAUAAGCCGGUCCGGACUACCUAUCGAGAUUUGCAACAGCGACUUCAGCGGCAGGAGCUGCUUGUGAUGCCAGGCAUGAGUUCUUACUCCUUAUACAUCGCCCUGGUGGAAAUUAGCUCUGCCGCUUGCGAUGAAAGGGCGACGGGCACUCUCUAUGGCCCAGCUGCCUUCGGUCGCUUCUCCAGCCUGCUCACCUGCUGGUAUCAGAGUUACAAGCAAAUCGCCACCGCCGGAGAGGGGGAUCGCUUUUGCUUGAUGAUUUAUUGGCAUGCCAUCUUCAUUUACAUAUCUGUUGACAUCGGUAAACUGGAACAUGCAGUCGGCAGGGAUGCUGCCAUAUCCGGCGACCCGGAUUCUAAUUUGACAUCUGUGGAAUACGCGAGAGAGUGGUCGACGACGAAGGCGGCCGAACGGGCCGUCGCCCACGCCUUUCUCAUUCAGAAGCAGCUCGGCGCCAGACGAUUGGAUCAAGAACCAGCCAUCCACGUGCCGAGAGCGGUCUUCCAGGCCGCGUUGGUCCUUUACUGCUAUACGCAGUUCUGGAGUGGCUUAGAUGCGACGAAUGCGACAAGCAAGGAGGGGGACACAGCCUCAGGGGGACUCGACUUUCCCGAGAUCGAGCUUUUGGGAUACAAUCCCUCGGCCAUCCUCUUUGAGCUUCACGGGUUCCGACCACACAGAGGUGCCCCUUACGCCACAGCUGUGUUGUGCGCCAUGUAUGACCUUCUCCAGAGGGUUGGCCAUUGGGACAUUGCUAGGGAGUUUUCUCGAACCCUAGGGUCGCUCUUAUCGGCAAGUCGGGGAUUGCAUUUGCAUUCAGAGCGAACAGACAGCAUUCUUUAG